CUGAACUCUAACCUAAAAUUUAAAUCCUUGACAAAGUUUAUUGCAAUCAAUCUGACGUUUUUAAGAUGAUUUAGUAUAAUUUAUGUUUCAUCUAGUGAAUUUAUAGAUUUUCUCAAUUAAAAUGUCAAGAUAUUCUAAUCAUUUGAUGUAUAUGACUCCUUUUGAACAACAUAAGAGGCUCAUCAAUGUUUAUGUUCUUCAACGAAAAGGAAGCUCUGAACUUCUAAAAAGAAAUACAUCCAGAGACAAACGCGACAUAGAUGUCAUUCGUGAAAACCAUUGUUUUCUGUGGGAAGACGACGUUGAGCCGAAUUCAUGGGAGAAAAGACUGGCCAAAAAGUACUAUGACAAACUAUUCAAAGAGUACUGCAUCUGUGACUUGAGUCUUUACAAAGAAAACAAGGUUGCUAUGAGAUGGCAGACUGAACCCGAAUUGAUCUCAGGAAAAGGUCAGUUUGUUUGCGGUGAGAAAAAAUGCGCAAAUAAAGAGACGUUGAGAUCGUGGGAGGUGAAUUUCGGAUACAUUGAACAUGGAGAAAAGAAGAAUGCUUUAGUCAAAUUACGAUUAUGUCCACACUGCUCAGAGAAACUGAACUACAAAACGAAAAGGAAAGAAGUGAAAAAGAAGAAACUGAAGCGACUGAAGUCCAACAAAGAUAGGAAACGUGAGAAGGUGUCGUCAACUGAUGCACAGAGUGAGACAGAAGUAGACCAGCCACAGACGGAAGACACAAAUUGUGAGGAAAAUGAAGAUGCCGAGGCAGUUAAUUGGAAGCAGAAACCACCUGACCUUGAGGAACCUUCCAGAGAUGAGGAGUUUGAGGAAUAUCUAGAAGAGCUUCUACUUUGAACUGAAGUAGACCAAGGACUGAAAUACUCUUGAACGUGACAGAAAACCUGGUACUAUAGUGGGGUCCACGUUAAAAAGGCAGUAAAGUAUUUGAUUAACAUUGGU